AUGUUCGAUAAGGUGACACCUGAAAAGGCGAUCGCCUUCACCCGAUUCAGCAUCGCUUUGUGCUGCGCUUGGCCGCUCUCGUCAGACGCUACCAAAGCACAGGUGCUGCGUUACAGGUUCUUGCGAGUCGCUGCCGGGCUCAGCGCUAUGGGAUUAUUUUUACCUGUUUCGUACGCGAUGUACCUGAAUUAUGGCGACGCGGACGUUUUCGCUAACACAGCUUCCAUGAUAAUUGCAACAACCCACAUUAUGGUGCAGGUUCUCGUUUUCAGCCUACUGCAGGAUCGUUUUCGGCAUCGUUCGUAUGGUCCAAUUACGUUGGGGUGGCCUCAGAGCUGGGGAGGGUGUACCUGCCCGAUCUCAUUUAAGUUGCCAUUGGCUGGUCAGGUCGAGAAGAGAGAUAUGGUGAAGAAGCUCUUGAUCGAGGAUUUAACAAGUUUCUGCGAGAAUAUGCAAUCCUACGAGAAACGCGUCGUCCAACGAUACGUCGACAAAUAUUCCAAGUUUUACGGGUGGACCGUGACGUGGUUUUAUAUGUGCUCAGUUGUGGUCAUCUUAGGAUCUUUGCUUGAUUCGACACAGACGUUUCCAACGGUCUCCGAGUAUCCGUUCUCGGUUGAUUACAUGCCCGUGAAGAUUACUAUUUUUCUACACCAAUCAGUUGUCAGCUUCCAAUGCUCCUCUGCCGUUAGUGCGAACAUGUUUGGAGCUUUACUGCUCCUGUACUCGGCUGCAAAGUUUGAGAUAUUGACGAUUGAUUUUAGAGCGGCCACAACUGUCGAGGCAUUGACUGAUUGCCUCAAGAAAUAUUAUGCGGUGACUAGAUAUACCUGGCAAGUGGUCAGCGGUGUUCAGUAUGUAGCUUUUGCUACGAUACUUAUUAACAGCGUAAUCAUUGUAUUUUGCGGUUACAAUUUAAUUGGGCGACAAAUGAUCAUAGUGUACAUGCAAUUGAUAUUCAUCGUUGGGACUUCGUUGUUGGAGGUUCUCAUGUGGGCAAUACCGGCCGAUCAUUUAAUGGAGAUGAGUGAAAAAGUUACACGAGGUGCGUACGAAGCAACAUGGUACGAACAAGGACUAACAGUGCAAAAAACAGUACUUCGCAUUAUGAUGCCACAGAAACCUAUGAAAAUCAGCUUGAAAUGCUUCGUACCAAACCUUAAUCUGGAUUAUUUCUGUUCGUACAUUUCAAGCGCGUUCUCCUUGUUGGCCGCUUUGCGAGCAGUACUCGAUGAUAGUGACGAUAUACUGCCAUCCAAGUCAAUUAACAGUACAUAUAUGAUGCGAUAA